AUGCGUACCUACAUCACCAUUCCAAGCUUUGUACUAAUAAUCACAGCCUGGCGCUCUGUCAGUGCCUCAAUUACGUGCGGUGUCAGUUGGAAUGCUGUCACAUUAGAACCGGGACAGAUAGCUUGUCAAGCUGGGGAUAGACACUAUUCCUGCAAAUUACAAGAAUGCUGGGUAGGUGAUCCACCGGCAAGGGAUGAUUCCAAAUAUAACGUGAUGGAUCAUAUUUUCUUCGAAGAUUGUCACAAGUAUAAGGACAAGUUUGGGGAUUCCAAGCAAGAGAAAGACGGAGUCCGUGUGCAGGCUUCGCGUUAUUGGUCUUUAGUAGGGAAAUCCCAUCCCCAUUUCAAUGUCAUCGGGCAUGAAGCUGAGAAAGAUGUGCCAACGGAGCUGCCAGGAUAUAGAUGCAAUGACAUUGAGGCCGUAGUACCAGAGUGUCGGCGUGAAAGUUGUCAGUUGAUGGAGAACGCUCACUGGUGA